AUGUCGGACGCAGUCAAGGCCGUCGUCGAUGCUCUCACCGUCCUGUACUCCAACCCGGACCGUGACGCAAAGGAGAAGGCCAACGUGUGGCUGGGCGACUUUCAGAAGAGCAACGAGGCGUGGGCGACGUCGCAGCUCAUCCUGUUCGCACCAGACGCACCUGUCGAGCCCAAACUCUUUGCGGCGCAGACUUUCCGCACCAAGAUCACCUACGACCUGCACCAGCUCCCGGACGAGCACCUCCUCCCCCUCCGCGACUCGCUCCUCACCGCCCUGCGACAAUUCUCGUCCGGCCCUCGCGUCAUCCUCACCCAGAUCUGCAUCGCCCUCGCCGACCUCGCCCUCCAGCUGUCGCCGCAACAGUGGAGCGACCCGGUCGCGGCCAUGAUCGACCAGUUCGGCAAGGAGCCCGACAUGGCGGCCGCCCUGCUCGAGUACCUCCAGGUCCUCGCCGAGGAGUACAACAGCAACUUCAAGAUCCAGGUCAAGCAGGAGUUCGGGCGCGAGGGCGCCAAGACGGCGCAGCGAGGCGAGCAGGUCAUCGCGCUCCUGUCCAUGUACGUGCAGGCGGCAGGGAUCACGCCGCAGCUGCAGAACCAGUGCUACCAGACGCUCGGCGCGUGGCUGAGGACGGGCCAGAUCCGGUCGGCGUCGCUCGCCGGCGCACCGAUCCUCGCCGCCGCCUUCUCGGCCCUGUCGCACGACGAGCUGUUCGACGCGGCCGUCGACGUCCUCGUCGACAUUAUCCACGAGACGAUGGAGCUCCAGGAGAACGUCGCCGUCAUCCAGGAGAUCGUCCCGCGGUUGACGGCGCUCGGGCCCAACCUCGCCGACCCGGCGACGCUCGACGACGAGGACAAGAUGCGCGGCUACUGCCGGGUCCUCGUCGAGGCCGGCGAGUGGUACGAGCCUUUGAUCGUCCAGCACCCGGCGUCGUUCCUCCCGCUCGUCGAGCUCAUCAAGCAGUGCGCCGCGUACCAAGAGCUCGAGGUGGUCGGCAUCACGCUCAACUUCUGGUACCGCCUCGCCAAGGGCAUCCUCAAGGUGGGCCCGAGCCCGGCGCUCGAGCCGCUCGUGCGCGUCUUUGCCGACCUCGUCGGGAUCGUCAUCGGCCACCUGCACUACCCGGACGAGGCGAGCCAGCUCAGCGGCGAGGACCGCGACACGUUCCGCGACUUUCGGUACAAGAUCGGCGACACGCUCAAGGACUGCUGCGAGGUGCUCGGCUCGGGCCCGUGCCUGCAGCAGGCGUACGACAUCAUCUCGCGCGCGGUCGCCGCCGGCGACGCCGUCAAGUGGCAAGACGUCGAGGCGCCCCUGUUCUCGAUGCGGUCGAUGGGCUCCAAGAUCGACGUGCGCGACAACGACCUCGUGCCGCGCAUCAUGGAGAUGCUGCCCAAGCUCCCGCCGCACCCGCGCAUCCGCUACGCCGCCAUCCUCGUCAUCGGCCGGUACACGCACUGGACGCAGCAGCACCCGGAGCACAUCCAGUUCCAGCUCCCGUACGUGUCGGCCGGCUUCGACGAGUCGGACCCCGAGGUCCUCGCCGCCGCGUCGCAGACGAUGAAGUACCUGUGCAAGGACUGCGCCGAGCACCUCGUCCCGUUCCUGCCUCAGCUCCACACCUUUAUCCAGUCGGUGUCGGCCAAGCUCAACGGCGAGGACCUGCUCGACCUGUCGGCCGCCAUCGCCCACAUCCUCCAGGCCAUGCCGCCCGCCGACGUCGCCCAGGCCCUGUCGACGUUCGUCAUGCCCAACAUCGAGCUUGCGCACGGCGUCGCGACGCAGGAGCAGCCGGCGUCCAAGGACCAGCUGCGCAAGGUGACCGACGCCCUCGAGCGCGUCGACGUCUACCUCGCCAUCAUCGGCCCGCUCCCCGAGGGCCAGGGCGGCCUCCCUGCCUCGUGCGCCGCAACGUGCCAGCAAGUGUGGGCCGUCCUCGACGCCCUCAUCGCGCGGUACGGCUCGGUCGCGUCCAUCGCCAACCGCGCCUGCAUCGCCAUCCGGCGCGGCCUCGUCUUCUUCGGCGACCUCGCGUUCGCCGUCGCGCCCGCCGUCCUCGAGCGCCUCGCGACCGCGUUCGAGCAGGCCCCGGCGAGCGACUACCUGUGGAUCACGGGCAAGCUCGUGCAGCAGUUUGCGGCACGCGGCGACGCGGCGUUCAGCGCGGCGGUCAAGGGCGCGUUCGAGCGCGAGAGCGGCCGGCUGUUUGAGCUGCUGCAGUCGACGCCGCCGGCGCAGGUGCCCGACAUCCUCGACGACUACGUACACCUCGUCCAAGCGCUCGCCGACUCGAUGCCCGACCACAUUCUCCUCUCGCCCGCCUUCCCCUCGGCCUUCCAGUCGACCUUGACGACCCUCACCCUCCCCUCGGUCCGUGUCGUCCUCGACGCCCUCGACACGGUGCGCGCCAUUGUCGGGCACGACGCCCUGCACGACCCGUCGGACCAGUACCUGUCGCCCGCCCAGCUCGCCGCCUUCCCGUCGUACGCCGCGUCGAUCCGGGCCGUCGUCGAGGCGAACGCGACCCAGCUCGUGCAGCUCCUCCUCGACGUCCUCGUCGGUGGCGGCGAGGACGAGCCCCACAACGUCCUCACCAUCCUGCGCCUCUUGUCGAUCCAGUUCCCGGCCGUCCUCGCCCAGACGGUGCCGGCCGCGGUCGAGCACCUCCCGCAGCGAGCGGCGGGCGCAGACGAGAAGCAGGAGUUCUUGCAGCGGUUCUCGUCCGCCAUCUCGAGCCAGAACGCCAACCAGGUCAAGGACGCCUUCACGUGGCUUCUGCGCACCUCGCGACGGAGCUACGACCGGGCGCGCGUCCUGCAGGACCGGGCGUGA